AUGGCCUCGUUCUCCGAGGUGUCCUCGUCCACCUGCGAUCUCCCGAAAGCCAAGUCACCACCUCCAGUUAAAACCCGCCCUGAACCACCAGUUCGUCGAACUCCCGAAUUCAGCAGUCCGCCUCCGCCUUCAACACCAUCUCAUAAACUCAACCCUCUUGAAGUAGACACCAGCCCUCGAACCUCCAUUGAUUUAGAAAAAUCUUCUCCUUCUCUUAGUUCCGAGGAUGACGAGAAAUUCGUCGGCUCUCCAUCUCCCCCUCCUCCACCUCCCCAAAUGCAAUUACAUUACCCUUAUCCAGGAAUGCAGGGGAAUACUCACCAUCCUCCUGUUCGGGGUCCUACUCGAUCAGCAGCUUUUGGUGGAGGUAACAGUCCCUUUAGUAGCCCACCUGUUCAGCUUUCUACCAGUCCUAUCAUGUCCCCCAGCGCUCCACACUUUUCUCCGACCCGACCUUCUAUAUGCUCUCCGACAAAUACUCCUCAUCAGUUUCCUUAUACGCAACCUCAUCGGGUUACUCCCUCGAGUGGUGGUCUUCGACUCAACAGUGGUGUCAGUGGCUUGAAGAAACCAUCCACUCCAUCACUCCUGUCUCAGCAACAGGGUCGAGCUAUCCCAAUUACCAUGGCAACAACAGCCACUCAUGUGUUCUCGAGUAGGCCGAGUGGAGGGUCCUCUGGUUCUCGAGUGGCUGUUGCAGGUCGUACUGCUGCAACUGGUUCUGGAAAUAUGUACAUAAAUGGGAAGUGA